AGAGCAGGAGCCUGGAGGUGUAGAAGAGUAGUAGGAAGCACAAGUAGAGAGAGGAGUGAGUAGAAGAGAACCCAUUCUUAAAUGCAGGGAAGAGGUGGUGGCUUCUCCUGCUGCAACGGUACAAGAAGCACCACCAUCACUUCCCCACUCCUCCACUAGCCACUGCUCUGCUCCCGCUCCCUCUUCUCCUCCAUCCACCUCUUCCCCCUCCCUCUCUCCCAAUCUUGCAUAGCUUGCAAACAGUGCUCUGCAGAAUGACUAAAGAUGAGGAUUUCAAGCUGGUCAAGAUCCAGACCCAUGUCCUGAGGGUGAACAUACACUGUGAUGGGUGCAAGCACAAGGUGAAGAAGUCGCUUCAGAAGAUUGAAGGCGUCUACUCAGUGGCCAUAGAUGUGGACAACCAUAAGGUCACGGUGACUGGCAAUGUGGACUCUGAGACAUUGAUCAGGAAGCUCACCAGAGGAGGCAAGCAUGCAGAGCUGUGGUCACAUCAGAAGGGCAGCAGCAACCAGGGCCACAAGGGUAACAACCAGCAGAAGCAGCAGCAGCAGCAGAAUCAGAAGCAAGCUGCCAAUCCAAGCAAGGAUGGCCACAACAAGAACAACAACAACCAGAAGGACCAGGGCAAGCAUGGUGGAGUUGGAAGCCUCAUGCAGGGCCUCAAGGCCUUCAAGAGCCAGCACAACAAGAACCAGCUCCAUGAGCUGAGCUCAGAGGAUGAUGACAUGUACGAUGACGAUGAUGAUGAGUUUGAGGAUGACUAUGAGGACGAUGACCUUGGCUUCCUUGGAGACAAGAUGAACCAGCUCAGCUUCCUCAGGCAGCAUGCUACGGCAGCAGCCAAUGCCAAGAACAAGAACGGCAACAGUGCCAAUGUAAACAAUAACCAAAGCAAUGCCAAUGGCAAGAAAGGUGGUGGAGGCGGCGCAGGAGCGGGCAACCACCAUCAGAACAACCAUCACCAGAACCAGAAGAAUGCUAAUAUGAUCAACAUGGCGGCUGCUGCAAAUGCCAAGAUGGGGAAUGGUGCUCAGAAGAACACUAGUGCCAUCAAUGGCAUGAUGGGCCUCAACCAUGGCCUGGGGGCAGGCAGUGCAGCUCCUGGCUUACAAGGCUACACUGGCGGCUUCAGCCACCCAUCCUAUGCUGCGACCGGUUACGGAGGGCUUCAACAGCAACACCUCCAGCAGCAGCAGAACAACAACCUCAUGGCAAGCAUGCAGGGGUACCAUAAUAACCCAGCAGCGGCUGCAGCGAUGAUGAACAAUCUGAGAGGCCUGAACAACAACAUGAUGAUGCAUCAGCCGCAGCCUCAGCCACAGAUGAUGUACCACCGAUCGCCUCAGAUCAGCCCUUACACCGCCUACUACAACCCAUACAGCUACUACUACCAACAACCUGGCAGCUCUGGUUACCAUCAGGCCGGCAAUGGGGAAGUCGAGACCAUGUUCAGUGAUGAGAAUACCAAGGGUUGUGUUGUCAUGUAGGAUUGUAGUUAGCAGUGUUACAAUGUAGAGGUUGGGUAAUGAAGAAUGGUGAUGCAGUCGUACUGCUCUUUUUUUACUAGUAUUUUACUGCCCUUAUGUUUUCUCCUGUAUCAAGAAUGAAUCGUGGAUGUUGACUUAGAUGUGGUGUUUGAAAGUAGUGGCACUUCGGAGGAUCAUCAAACAGUGU